AUGAAGCAUUAUUUGUGUAUACCGAAUAGAAUCAUACAACAGUCAGUCAGUGAUGGAACUACAGAAGCAGACGUACAGCGUGCUUGUAAUUUUUUUGUGAUACGUGCACCCACCACCAGCACCACCAUCACCGACGAUGAUGACGAUGAUGACGAUGACAACGACAACGACAACGACAACGACAACUGCAACGAACAAGCGGACAAUCAGAAAACGAACGAUCAAGACGAACGUCAUUCAACGAUAGGUGAACAUUAA